AUGGCUAACGAAACAACCCUGCAGUCCACCAAACUAAGAAGUAGAAAACCAAAUUGGUCCGAACUUCCUAUUGACCCUUGUGAAACAAUCUUAUCAAAACUGACCCCAAAAUCCAUACUACGAUUCAAGGCAGUUGGUCCUUCAUGGAAAAGGGCAGUCGAAUUCAUCCUGAGGUCAUCAUCAUUCACUUGUGCACAAGAACCACCAUGGCACCUCCUUCACCAGCAAGAUGGUCACUGUGGGUUUUGUUUUUACAGUUUUGAAGGAAAGACUUACAACUUGAAAAAGAACAUGCCUGAGGAGUUAGGUCAUAGUGUUUGCCUCACUUCUUAUCAAGGCUGGCGGCUCCUUGUCUUGCAGAAGAUGAACUUUUCAAAGCUUCUCCUCUUUAAUCCCUUAUCGGGUACACAACUUCUACUCCCACCUCUCAGAAGUUUCCCAGAUAUACUUUACAUUGCUCAUAUCCAUGAUGAUGGCUCGUCUAAAAUCCAUAUCAAAAUCGCCAAUCCUGAUCCCACUACACCACCACAAUCGUUCUGUUUAGAUAUCAAAUCAGCCGGAGAUAUUAGGAGAAAGUUUAUAACCAAAGCAGUAAUUCUGUCCUCACGGCCAAUUCUCAACAGCAACAACAAAAGAAGCAGCAGCAUUGGGGUGUUUGUAAUGUACAGAUAUGUGACGCAGAAGAUGAUGCGUGGUUUUUCUAUGGCGUUCUGUACGACUGAAGAUGAUGAAUGGACAAAACUUGAUGAACAAAGAGCAUACCGAGAUAUUACGAGCUAUGAGAAUCAGCUUUAUGCUUUGUGUUGGGAUCACACUACUGUUCAAGUAUGGGAUCUCGUGAUGAGUUCGUUUCCAGUCAAAAAAUUGGAAAUCAAAGUGGACGCGCCGUCUAUAGUAUUAGACACCCCAACGAACUGGUUCCGUAUUCCUUACAUAAUCAAAACAGGCGUCGAUGAUCUUUUCCUGGUCGUUCUGCUCUUGGAUCGUAGUUUCAUGGAACCAACUGUGUUCCAUCUUUUUAAACGGGAUUCCAAUGAUAGAUGGAUGGCGGUCGACUCCAUUGGCGAUCAUGCUUUGGUUUUGGGUUUGAUCAGACAGUCUAUAUCGAUUUCUUCAAAAGAUUCUCCAGAAUAUGUUCAGAAUUCAAUCUACUUUACUCGUCCAUUCAAAUUUGAAAACCAACGCCGUUUUGUUUGUUUAGGUGGAGAAACAAAGUCAAAGAAGUCUGUGUUGAUGUGCCGCUUGGUUAUACAGAGAUUGAAAUCUUACUUUUGGUUCGAGUUCCUAUAUACUUUCAUAUAUAACAAGUGA